GGUUGAGGGGAGGGGGAAGACGAAGCUUGAAAGACUUGGUAAUGGCGACGGGUUUGUCGGAGCACCAUAACAUGGUGUGGGAAGUGAAGACAAAUCAGAUGCCUAAUGCAGUACAGAAACUCCUGCUGGUGAUGGACAAGAGAACUUCAGGAAUGAAUGACUCAUUGGAGUUGCUGCAGUGUAAUGAAAAUUUGCCAUCCUCACCUGGAUACAACUCCUGUGAUGAGCACAUGGAGCUUGAUGACCUUCCUGAACUUCAGGCUGUUCAGAGUGAUCCUACCCAAUCUGCCAUAUACCAGCUAAGUUCAGAUGUUUCACAUCAAGAAUAUCCAAGACCAUCUUGGAACCAAAAUACCUCAGACAUAUCAGAAAAUACUUACAGUGAAAAUGAGGUGGAUUGGCUAACAGAAUUAGCAAAUAUCGCCACCAGUCCACAAAGUCCACUUAUGCAGUGCUCAUUUUACAACAGAUCAUCUCCUGUACACAUCAUAGCUACUAGCAAAAGUUUACAUUCCUAUGCACGCCCUCCACCAGUGUCCUCUUCUAAGAGCGAGCCAGCCUUCCCUCAUCACCACUGGAAGGAGGAAACACCAGUCAGACAUGAAAGGGCAAAUAGUGAGUCAGAAUCUGGCAUUUUCUGCAUGUCCUCCCUCUCAGAUGAUGAUGACUUGGGAUGGUGCAAUUCCUGGCCUUCAACUGCUUGGCACUGUUUUUUGAAAGGCACACGACUGUGCUUUCAUAAGGGAAGCAAUAAAGAAUGGCAGGAUGUUGAAGAUUUUGCUAGAACUGAAGGCUGUGAUAAUGAGGAAGAUCUCCAAAUGGGCACUCACAAGGGCUAUGGUUCUGAUGGUCUAAAGUUGUUAUCACAUGAAGAAAGUGUAUCAUUUGGCGAGUCUGUACUGAAGUUGACUUUUGAUCCUGGUACAGUAGAAGAUGGUUUACUUACUGUAGAGUGUAAGCUGGACCACCCUUUCUAUGUUAAAAAUAAAGGUUGGUCAUCGUUUUAUCCAAGCUUGACUGUGGUACAGCAUGGCAUUCCAUGUUGUGAAAUUCAUAUUGGUGAUGUAUGUCUACCUCCUGGACACCCCGAUGCCAUUAAUUUUGAUGAUUCAGGUGUUUUUGAUACAUUUAAAAGCUAUGACUUCACGCCUAUGGAUUCUUCUGCAGUCUAUGUGCUAAGUAGUAUGGCUCGUCAGCGUCGUGCAUCUUUGACUUGUGGAGGACCUGGAGGUCAAGACUUUGCAAGAUCUGGACUCAGUAAAAACUGUGGCUCACCUGGAUCAUCACAGCUCUCUCCCAAUUCUUUGUAUGCUAAAGCUGUCAAAAACCACAGCUCAGGGACUGUGAGUGCCACUUCUCCUAACAAGUGCAAAAGACCAAUGAAUGCCUUCAUGCUUUUUGCCAAAAAAUACAGAGUUGAAUAUACUCAGAUGUAUCCAGGGAAAGAUAACAGAGCCAUAAGUGUGAUCCUUGGUGACAGGUGGAAGAAAAUGAAGAAUGAAGAGAGAAGGAUGUAUACAUUAGAAGCAAAGGCUUUGGCUGAAGAACAAAAACGUUUAAAUCCUGACUGUUGGAAAAGGAAAAGAACCAAUUCAGGCUCACAACAACAUUAAACCAGGAUGCUUAUGCUCUUAAGUCUGUAUUUGCAUAAACAUUGACCGUUGAUGGAAAGACUUAAGAAGAUCAAGGUCCCGUUAUUUGUCCUGAAUUCGUGUCACCAUAAGAUACUGAUAGCAUUGAGUCUUGAAAUGAUUUAAUAAUAUGAGUGAGGAUUUGCUUUCUCCAUUAGAGCAUUAAGUAAGCUAAAACUAUCAACAUUGUAAACCAAAUUGCCUUAUUUUUCUUCCAAACUUCAUAUGUCUAUCAGGUAAUAUAGGCUUGAAAAUUGAUAUCCUGUGGUGCUAAAGUAUAGUAGAAAGAGAGGAGAAGUGUAUACAUGUUUUAUUUUAAAUUGUACAAAAGGGGAAUUUAAAAAUAUGUAACUGCUGUUUAUACAUUGGCUCCUUACUGCUUAUUAAUCGGUAUUGUACACAUAAUGGAAUGCAACAGAAGCUGGGAGUUGGCCUUUCCUUGAGCAACCACCACAUGGCUCAGCAUCUGUGCCAAACACGGGAGCUCCUAGUCUGGCCAGUGCCAAGAGGCUACCAGAACAUGUGGCAGGUGGAUGGUGUCGGUGUCCCAGCGUAAGAGCCACCUGCUGCCAUUACCACCAUUAUGCUGCGUUUAUGCACCAGGUGGCAGCACCCAUCCGUGAUUUCCAGUGGAGACCUAGCCCAGGCCAAGGUAAAGUUAGUUAAUAGCAUUGGGAUAUAGUCACUGUAAUGGUGCUAUUAACGGUUGACACCAUUGUAUUUUUUAACUUUGUGUUCUGUAUCUCCUCAGCCACAUAUCUUAAAUAUCUUAUUGUGUCAUCAUAUCUUUAUGGUGGGGGCAGACUUUGCACUUAUGACAGUGCAACACUUGCACUUUACUUUCCUUCCAACUGUCUAAAAUUAGAGCAAAUACAUUGGCAAUACAGCUGCUUUUGCUCUGAGCUACAAUCAUGGCUUUUCAUGUUACUUACCAAGUGGUGUUUCUGGUUAGGAAUCACAGCUGUACAAUUGAUUUCAGUUCAUUAUACUUCAUGAUGUUGCCCCUAAAUUUUGCACACUAUAUUCUUGUAUAUUAUUAUUUCAAAUAAAAUGGAAAGAAUUGUUUAUCUCUGA